UCACCGAACAAGUACGGUGAUUGACGACUUUUGAUAAACACCAAAUUAAAGAGUAGUAGCGCAUGCAUUAUUGUAAAUUUAUACCAGGUCAAGAUAGAUUUACAGAAAAACGGCAAUAUGUCUGAAGUAAAAAGGCGAGACAAGAAUUCCAAAAAGCCGAAAGGAAGUUCCAUAAGUCGCCCUGAUGACGAACGACAGAAUCAUACCGAAUUUCGGCUUAAAACACACUGGAAGUACAUCGCUUAUGUAUUAACUGUAGUUUUCACUGCUGCGGCAAUAUAUCUAAAGGUAGUGUACACAGAGCCAAGAGUAGCAACGUUCGCACAUGCUGAUCGUCAGUAUCAGAAACAACAUGUCACUAUAGUUUGUUCCGAUGACUACAAAAGAGACACAUUCACUGAAUGUAAACCCAAAUUUUGUGGAAGAGUUGUGAUGGAUGGAAUUGUGACAAGUGAAGAAGUUGACCAUCUUCUUGGGGUAGCAAAGAUGGGUUUGUCAUAUGGGGGAUCAAAUGGAGGUGCAUCAAUACUCGAUCUACAUUCAGGUGCUUUGUCUAAAGGAGACAAGUUCAUAAGCAUUUACAGUGCCUUCCCUGGGGGAGAAGGAUUUAAGGAGGAGGAUUUUAAAAUAUACAGAACUGUGAAGAAUAAAAUUCAACAAGCAAUUGGGGACCAUUUUAAAGUUCCACUGCACGCAUUACAUCUGACAAAGCCAACUUUCUUCUCACGAAUGAACACCAGUGAGGCAAAGAACAUCCAUGAUGAAUAUUGGCACCCUCACGUGGACAGGCAAACAUAUGGCUCAUUCCAUUACACUUCCUUGCUGUAUCUGUCAACAUUCAACAAAGACUUCACUGGUGGACGAUUUAUCUUCACCGACAAUGGCACAGAGACUGCUGUAGAACCCCGAGCAGGGCGGGUGUCCUUCUUCACGUCUGGCUCUGAGAAUGUCCACUUUGUUGAGAAGCUGAAGUCAGGUGUUCGUUAUGCAAUCACAGUUUCAUUCACAUGUGACCCGGAAAAGGCCAUUUCAGAUCCCGAUGUCGUGUGAUAGUUGCAAUAAUUUCAAAGUCUGAGAGUUAUUACUUUCAAAUGAAGCCUUUACAAGGCCCGUAUCCACAAAGAUUGUUUAAGACUUAAAUAAGCUGAAUUAUAGGUUUAAGAUUGAUGAAAAAUGAGCUUAAUAAUCUCACUUAGAGCAUAAAGAUAUUGUGCUUAGUCAGAUUCUUAUAUAACAUUUAUAUCUCAUUGGGUCAUUGUCGACCUGAAAUGGCUUGAAGUCACCCGGGGUGACUAGAAGCCGAUUCAUGUCACCCUGGGGUGAUUUCAAGCCGAUUCUAGUCACCCGGUAGGCUUUAAGUCACCCCAGGGUGACAUGAAUCGGCUUGAAGUCACCCUAGGGUGACAAGAAUCGGCUUCUAGUCACCACGGGUGACGUCAUGCUAUUUCAGGUCGACAAUGACCCAACGCGCUACACUUAUUGGGUCAUUGUCGACCUGAAAUGGCUUGAAGUCACCCGGGGUUACUAGAAGCCGAUGCAUGUCACCCUGUUGUGGCUUUAAGCCGAUUCUAGUCACCCGGUCAGCUUGAAGUCACCACAGGGUGACAUGAAUCGGCUCGAAGUCACCUUAGGGUGACAAGAAUCGGCUUCUAGUCACCCCCGGAUGCCUUCAAGUCAUUUCACGUCGACAAUGACCCAAUGAGCAUUAAUAUAGUCCUACAAAUGCAUUAAAAUAGUUAAGCCAAUAUCGCGUUAGUGUGUAUCACGUACAAAGUAAAUCAAAAGCUGUUUUCAAAUAUAAUUGUUCCAUUUUUUCAGUGUACGUAUGUUUACGACAAAUGCAGACCAGUGUCUCAAUUAUUUUUUUAUGUAACUAUUGUAUUGUAUUUGUUUUGUGUGUUUUAUAUUGAGAGUGAUGGUGUCGUAGUACAAUGUACGUGCCAUUGGCAUUUAUUAAGGAAAAAUGCAAACUACGUCGGUUGCUACACUAACAUAGAUUUAUUAAUGACGUCCAUACGUUAUAUAUACAGUGGAAACCCUCUAAACCGGAUCAUCUCUAAACCGGAAUCCUCUCUAAACCGGACAAAUUGUCCGGUCCCAUUUUUUCCCCUAUAAAACCAUACGUAAAAUAUCUCCUCAAGACCGGAAUCCCUCAAUUCCGUAUACCGGUCAUUCUUUGGAUCAAAAUUGGGUCAUUCCAUACGCAAUUGCACCUCUCUAAACCGCUCAGGGCCGGUUAAUUGCACCUAAGACCUAGUGUCAAAAAGUUGUGAAUAGCGGAUUAAAGAUGCGUGAAAUUAAUAAAGGUGGUCGAAAAAAUUGCUAACUGUAAAAAUCGCAAAACAAUUAAAAGAUACUUGUCCUGUGAUGUACAUAUCGAUCAAUGGAGGUGAUAAUACUGAUUAUAUUUACUGAUAACGAGCAUAGAGUACUUUAGUUUGUUUUGUUUUUAUAUAGGAAGCCGUGCUAAAUUGUAAUUAUGUUAAUGCUAUUUAAUUUUGUGGUGUUGAUCACAAUUGCUAAUUAAGUGUCAUAUGCAAUGGUGAUUUGCAGAGUUAUUGAAGCAGUUGCAUUAAGAAAUUCAUUUACAAACUGUUAACUAAGAAAUGUCCGAACCUCCUAAGCGAAUGCGCGUGGAUUUUCCCUACAAGACAAAAUCAAAUUGAUCAAAGAGUCAAAGAUGUUCCCUAAACCUACCUUAAAGAUGCUGUCAGAGAAAUAUUGGGUAGGAAAAUCGACGAUCGGGGAUAUCGUGCGAAAAAAGUAAAUUCACAUAACAAAUGCAUACAUGUAUAAAAUAGUUUGUUUUUCAGGGUGCACUGUUUGAUUUAUAUUGUGACUGAUCUUGUUGAUAUAUGUAAAUAAAUUAUUAAAAUUUG